AUGAGUACUUUCGAAUAUGUUGCCAAUUCUCCUCAAGUUAUCUUUGGAAAGGGCACAUUGGCCCAAAUACCAUCCCUAGUCGAAAAGCUCAGCAUUAAAUCAGUCAUGAUUCUCUCUACACCAGAGCAGACUGACAUUGCACAACGGGUAGCAGAAAUCCUAGGAACUGCUGCAGUAUCAACCUUCAGCGGCGCUACUAUGCAUACUCCGACACAUGUCACAGAGUCUGCUCUCUCGCAGGCUAAGGAAUCCCGAGUCGAGGGAAUUGUCUCCGUGGGUGGUGGAAGCACUAUCGGACUGGGCAAGGCCAUUGCCGUUCGUACAGGGCUCGUACAUAUUUGUAUCCCCACGACAUAUGCCGGGAGCGAGAUGACUCCUAUACUUGGUGAAACAGAAGACGGUCGAAAGGUGACAAGACGAGAUUCCAAGAUACUGCCAACCGCGGUGAUCUAUGAUGUGGAUCUCACUUUGACGCUUCCGGUCAAGAUGAGUGUGAAUAGCGGUAUCAAUGCAAUUGCCCACUCAAUCGAGGCACUCUACGCUAGUAACACUAACCCCAUCAUCAAUCUGAUGGCUUACGAGGGCAUAGAAUCACUAUGUGAAGCGCUGCCUGUCAUACAGACCGAUCCGAAGAACAAUGGUGCGAGAUACAAAGCCCUGUAUGGCGCUUGGCUCUGUGGGCUAUGCUUAGGCGCUGUUGAUAUGGCACUUCACCACAAGUUAUGCCACACAUUAGGCGGCUCGUUUAAUCUCCCUCAUGCCGAAACUCAUGUGGUAGUUUUGCCUCAUGCCGUGGCAUACAACGCACCCAGCACCCCGGAGGUCAUGGCGAAGCUCGCAGCCGUCCUCCCAGAGAGUGAUGGAAAUGUUGUUCGAGGCAUCAAUGCCCUCUACCGCCGGCUGGGCAUAGAACUGAGUCUGCAUAAGCUGGGAAUGCCGGAGGAGGGUAUCGAGAAAGCCGCUGAUAUCGCUGUUUCAAAUCCAUAUCGGAACCCACGCCCGCUAAAGCGAGAUGAUCUUCGAGAGCUGAUUAGGCGUGCAUGGAAAGGCGAAAAGGCAAUCCAGGAUCUUUAG